AUGCCGCAGGGCAAUACAAUAUUCCAGAUGACACCGUCCGCGACAUGGUCGUCGUGCGCUGCAAUUCCAUCCUUCGCGGGCAUUCCGGCGUCAGGAUACACCUCGCCAAAGCUGAAGGCGCAUGCACAGGACAUUUCGCCAUUGGUACCGCAACGUGGGAGCAUCUCUGCAUCUGGUGAUCUAAGCCCACUUCCCUAUUUGGGAGGUUUGGUGGAGCGUAAUCCUGAUAUCCUGGUGAAGAUGGAGGAACCGGAUGAAGUCCAGGUUGUCACCGCCGACGAAGCGCUUAAGGCAAGGAAUGCAUGGAGAACUCUGACUAAUGAGAUAUAA